AAAGUAUGGUCAAUAUUUUCCUAAUCCAAUCAACUCUUUGAGCUCACAAAAACAUAGCCAAUGAUGAAGAGAGACGGUCGUCAACAUGGUCUUGUUCAAACCUCCCUUUGGAGCUCCACACCCAACUCCCGGUAUGUUAACAAGUUGAAUUCCCCUCCCACAGCAGGGUUGUUCACAAAGGCGUCACCAAAGCCCUGGAACCAUUCCAAGUUCACAGGCAAGUGUGGCAGGUCUAAAUGCACAAUUUGCCAUUUACAACCAGCUGGAAAGGCCAAAGGGACAAAAAAACUGAGGGGUUGUGACAUUGUUACUAACUAUAGAUUGAUGACUUGGAGGGUCACAGAUACUAGGCCGCGCUUGACCUUUACUGGGUUCUCAGCUACUAGCUGCAUAUUGGACCAUUUGGCUAAUGAUCACAUGGAUCUUGAUGAAGAUGAUGAUGAGUGAUGAGCGGACUAUAACAAUUGUGAUAUAUAGCUACAAAAUUACUAGUUAUGAGUCGUAACAAAAAUUACAUGAUUUGUGUUUAAAUACAUUGAGGCACAUACAUGAGUGAUGAGAUUGCCCAAUGGCAAGCCCAAUUGGUUGUUGAUUCCGGUUGCUCGCCAUUUACAAUAGAAGUUGAGAAGCUAAAGAGCGACUAUUUGUAACGUGGAAGUUGUGUGGGGGAGGAAUCAAAGGAUCGAAAAAGAAGGAGAUUGGUGUUUGGUGGAAGAAAUGUGAUCUUAGUACAUUGACUUGGUUUGUAUUUACAGUCGAAUAAACUGUUGUACUAAGAUUUUCUUAUGUUUAUUAUGAUUUUAUUGUUGUAAGCAAACAAUUGUUCAUAUCAGAAAUCAUGUAUAACCCGAGCAUGUUCAUGCCAGAACUAAAUAAAGCAGGACAACCUUGCAGUUUGUGUUAUAUAGCACAAAAAAUCGAAAAAACUGCAG